AUGAUGUCAGCUCCUUCUCAAGAUCAGUUCAUUCUCGGCCAGCGAGUAGCUCUUAAGGAACCCGAAAAGGGCCACCAUUACGCGCCACGUGGCACCGUGCGAUACGUCGGACCCGUGGACGGUCACAAGGGCGAGUGGGUUGGCGUAGAGUGGGACGAUCCUUCGCGAGGAAAGCAUGACGGAGUGGUAACCGGGAAACGUUACUUUCAGUGCGAAAUGGUCCCUGCUGGCACGCCGGCCGGAUCGUUUGUGCGACCGCAGAAGCUGACUGGAGGGGUCACUCUGCGUGAUGCAUUGCUGGACCGCUAUAACACAAGCGGGGAGGACUAUAAAGCGGAGCCCAUUUACAGGGCUCUGGGCCGGCGAAGGGCCAUGGUGAUCGAACUCGUCUCUGCUCCAGCGAAUAGGAGUGGAGCAGAUAAGGCUGGAGAAGGAACCGAUACAGCUGUGCCGGGGACUGAUAGAGAAGAAUUUGGAGGAGGGAGGGGAUCUGAGGAAGAGGGGACUCAGGGCGAUUUAAUGGAAACGGAUGGGGGCAUAUCGGGUGGAAGAGAAAGCAGGGAAGAGGACAAGGGCGAGCCGCCCAAGAGAAACGGGAUGUGGUUGUCUCGUCUUCAGGCUGCAAACGUGUCGGAAGUGCCUGUGGGUUCAGUGGGAGCUGCAGGGGAGGUGGCAGCUAUUGCGUCCCUGACAGAGCUCGACAUGUCAUACCACCUGCUCAACACCUGGCACGAGGUGCAGAGGGUAGGAGAGGAACUGCGGGGUCUCACAGCCCUGGACAUUGGCCAUUCCAGACUCGCCUUCCCUUCGCCUGUUGGAUCAUCGUCUUCUUAUGCUGGUUCCUCUAAAUCCACUCCUCCUUCUGCGCUCUCCGUUUCACCAUUGGCUGGGCUGAGGAAGCUUGGGCUGAGCAACACACGGGUCACGUGGGCCCAGGUGGAGGAAAUCUCCCGGCAGCUUCCCCUCCUGGAGACCUUGGUUCUGAUCAAGAACGGGAUUGCAGAGCUGCGACCCAUCGGUGGUGCCGAUGUCGCUCGUGCUCCUGUGGACUGCCUUCAGGAGCUCGUUCUCUCCCACAAGCCUUAUGUGCCCAGAUUGCAUUCAGCCAAUCAAACGCCAGCCUCAACCAGUGCUCAAGCCAAUGGCAAUGGGACAGAGGCCGGAGAGGCAGCGAAUGGGAGUCUGACACCUGGCAGUGGCGGUGCUGCUGCUGCUGCGGCUGCGGCUGCUGCUGCUGAUGGGGAGGAGGGUGGGAGGAUGGAGAGGUGUGAGUUUGGGUUUGGGGUAACGGAGGAGGGGAGGAUGGGAGUGAUUGCGCGAAUUGGGUCUAUUCAGAAGCUCAAUUGUGUUCAGAUCCUUCCCAGGGAGCGCUUGGAUGCAGAGAUAUGCUACAUCUCCCACACCAUCCGAUCGCUCCCCCACGCCACGUCCCUCCCUCAACUCGUAUGUGCCGGCCACCCCGCCCUGCCUGCUCUUCUUGCCAAGCACGGUCUCGAUUUGCAUUUUCUUGGUGUUUUUUCCGUCUUCUUCUAUGCUUCGUCUUUCUUAUUCUACUCAUACACUCCUUCCCAUCAACCCUCCCUGGGCUCAUUUGUUCCUUUCCUUCCAGGCAUCACAUUCCGAGUGAUAGCUCCUAAAAGUGGCAGUACCAGCACGGCCAAGGAGGUCACCAAGAAGCUUCCUCAGUCCACAACAGCCUCUAAAAUGCGGCCCCUCAUUGCUCAACUGCUUAAGCUGGAACCUCGCUCCUUCUCCCUCUUCCUCCUACCGUCCACCCUUGAAGGCAGUCAGCCUCUCCCCUCACUCCUACUGGACGACACGAUGCCAUUGGGUGUGCUGCUGCAUUCUACUACUACAGCUGCCCUGGAUGCUUCACACGCAACCAUCCUUGUCGAUACCUCGUUGGAUGUUCAGCAGGCAUCAUCGCUUUCAGAACCUCAGGUUUUGGCAUGUGAGGAACGCUUAGGGCGUGUCCCUUUUAUAAAUUAA